AUGGAACAAUUUCCAUCGAAAUUUUUUACAACAGAUAAUUGUACUCUUACAAUCUAUAAAAGUAAGCCAACAAACAAAGUACUUUUACUUAGUUCUAAACAUAAAUUCGUUAAAGUAGAAAACAAUGAUAAACGUUUACCUGAAACUGUUUCAUAUUACAAUAAAACCAAAUUUGGUGUAGACAUGACCGAUCAAAUGGCGAGCAAAUUUUCUACAAAAUCCAAGUCUUGCAGAUGGCCUCUCCAAGUUUUCUUCAUUAUCUUUGAUUUAGCUGGCAUAAAUGCCUGGAUUUUGUACAAGCAAACGACAGAAGCAAAUAUCUCGCGACAAGAUUUUUUACUCAAGCUAGCAGAAAAACUUGGAGCCGAUUUUCGACAAGUUCGUGAGCAACCAAAAUAA